UCCCACUCGCUGGCAACGCGCCAGCAGGGAAGGACGUCUGCCACACACGAUGAUGUUGGCGCACAUUCAGCGGGCGUGGUUGCGCGCGAAAUCGCGGUGGAGUCGCAGCGUCCGCGCUCGUUUGGCCUGCUCCGUUGCGGUCGCAGCGGCGCUGGCGCUGGCCGCAUUGCUGCCGGCGCGCGUUGCGCUGCGGUCCGCGGCAAGCUUCCCGCACGUCCCACCCCGCCGCCUUGCGCAUCACCUCGCGGACUUCUCGUACCACUCGCGCUUCUACCCCCACAUGGGCGAGUGGGCCGUGCUGGAGGAGAGCAGCAACGGGUCGGCGUGGCGCUACGAGGUGGAGUACGCCUGCGGCGAGCGCUGCUCCGGCCGGGCGCGCGUGCUGGCGCUGGACAGCGCGCACGCGCACCGCAUCUUCGUCGCGCACCGCACCUGCAGCCCUCCUCCUGCGCUGCCCUGGCCAGCCCUUUGCGACGAGUGGGAGACGGAAACGGUGGUAACGGGCGCCGGCGACCCGGAAGGGGCGCGGCUGGAAGAGCACGUGGUGGCGAAGUGUAGCUGGUGGCGCGCAAUCAGCGGCGCGUGCUCGAGGCUACUACUCCAGCGCCGCGACGCGCAUUUUACGCAUCUGCACGCGCUGUUUUCCGUUGCGACCUCCCCCGCAUUUCACUAGACCAAAGAGGAUACAAAUCACUAGCCUUCACGAAGUCGUUCUCGAUUAGGUCCACAAUAUACGAGUACA